GUCAGACUUUUGUUUGUGUCAUUCCGGGAUUUGUCAGAGUUCUCCAAUUUCCUUUCGCCAUAUUGGAUUCCGAACUAACAGACAAAAACCGAUUGAGAAAGAGCAUUACUUGCAAAUAAACCACCGAUAAACCGUCUGUUAACGUUUACGAUCGUACCGGUAGAGCGGUAGAACAGAAAUUCCCACACUUGGAGGUAACAAGGUAUUAAUAUCGGUUCGGAUAUCCUGUGGAGUGACCGUUAACGACCCCGACUAAAAAUGGCGUGUGCAACUUUGAAGAGAUCGCUGGAUUGGGACUACGUUUUGGGGAGGCCGGCCAAAAGGAGGCGCUGCGCCCCCUUUUGCACCAGCCCCACGCAGCGCGGCGAACGAUCGUCCUCGAGCAGCCCCACCAACAGUCCCAUGUGCAGCAGCAGCUCUCAACCACAACAACCGUCCGUUUUUCCGGACGUUAUGGCCCAAAAGCUGACGCCAGAAUACAUGGCUGAAAGUCUCAAAGCUGAACUUAAAAGAUUCCAAAAACGUAGGCAAAUGCAACAUAAUAUGAUGAUGAUGGAAAAUUCCGACAGCAGUGGAAAUGAAGGUUGUGGAGACAUGUCUCCUUCCCAUCUGGACAAACCAGUCUUCACUUUUAAACAGGUUGGAAUGAUUUGUGAAAAAAUGCUUAGAGAACGUGAGUCUGAGAUAAGAGAAGAAUACGACAACGUUUUAAGCACAAAACUCGCUGAGCAAUAUGAUACUUUUGUCAAGUUUACUUAUGAUCAGAUGCAGAGACAUUACAAUAGCCAAACUGCCCCUAGUUAUUUGUCAUAAGUCGUUUGAAGCAAAUCCUAUCAAUCUGCUGCACAAACUGUGUGCUCUAGCCUACUUUUUUGUAUUAUAUGACAGUUUUUACAUUAAAAAAACAGGAUAAUAUGGACAAAUAAGGUCAUAUAUGAAAAUGCCUUAGAUUUAUAACAAUAUACUCUUUACUACAGGCAUUUUGUAUUAUAAUAUAAUCCACUGCUAAUUUUGUUAUAUUCUUAGGAAUUGACCAUAUAAUAUAUUUGUUAUUUUUUAUUGUAAA